AUGGAUCAACAGUCUCAACCUCACGCCCCGAUCACCAUUCCCGGCGAUAGGCAAAAUGCCCAGCUGGCCGCACUUCCCAUCAUGCAAUCACAUUCAGAGGCCAGCGGCUCGGUGCCGGCGCCAUCUAACAACAUCAGCGCCGAUGAGAUCGCACUCUACGACCGUCAGAUCCGGUUGUGGGGGAUGAAAGCCCAGGAGAAGAUCCGCAACGCCAACAUCCUCCUCAUCACCAUGAAAGCCUUGGCCAACGAGAUUGCCAAGAACCUCGUCCUCGCAGGCAUCGGCUCCCUCACCAUCCUGGACUCGGAGCCGGUCACGCCAGCCGACCUCGGCGCGCAAUUCCUGCUCUCGGAAGAGAGCACGCCCAUCGGUGUUAACCGCGCGGCAGCCUGCGCGGACGCCCUGCGGCGCCUCAACCCUCGCGUGCGCGUGUACGUCGACACGGUCGAUGUCCGCCUUAAACCACCGUCCUUCUUCGCCCCGUUCGACAUCGUCAUCGCCACCGACUUGGACCCGGUCACCCUCAACCUGAUCAACACGGCCGCGCGCCUCAACAACCGCCCCUUCUACGCCGCCGGCAGCCACGGCAUCUACGGCUUCCUCUUCGCCGACCUGAUCGAGCACGACUUCGUCAUCUCGCGAGCCAAGUCCAACAUGCCCACGCCACUGGGGCCAGAAACCCGCACGCGCGCCGUGCUCGCCGUGCAGCCCAAACCGGGCGACGAGGCCACCACUGAACUAGUCACCAAACGCGAGGUGUACUCAACCUGGCUGCUCGCGUCGGGGGCAUCCCGCCUUCCGCCGGAGAUCCUGCGCUCCCCGCGCCGCCGGCGCGCCGUGACGCCCAUCCUGACGUGCCUGCGGGCGCUGUGGGAAUACACGUCCACGUACGGUGCCCCGCCGCGGCGCGACGACCACGAGUCCCUAGCCGCAUUCACCAUGCUCUGCGGCGAGCAGCACAAGGCGCUCGGCCUGCCGGCGGACACGCUGCGCAGCGAGGUGCUGCGCUCCUUCCUGCAGAAUAUCGGGUCCGAGAUCGCGCCGGUCGCGGCGGUCUUGGGCGGGCAGCUCGCGCAGGACGUCAUCAAUGUGCUGGGCCAGACGCAGCAGCCCGUGCAGAACCUGGUCGUGUUUGAUGGCGAGGCGAUGGAGGCGAAUGUGUUUGCGCUGCAUCCUGAGGGCGAGCUGGGGCGGGGCCUGUUGCCGCUUUCCGGGGCAAACGUCGAUACGAACGCUGUCGCUGCUGCUGCUGCUGCGGCCGCAGCCGGUGCCGAUGCGGGUGGUGUCGGGCCUGCGGGGGGUGUUGCGAUGGACGGGGUGCCUGUCGCCCCGGUUUAA